AUGCAACCUUGGAUGGAUAAAACCACUGCAACUACAAGCAAGAACUCUUUGCAUUUUGAUCACUCUCUAUCACAUUUGCAGUCGGCAUCAUCGUCCCAGCAACAGCCAUUGUACAAGAGCGACAUCAAUGGGUUUCGUACAUUGAAGAAGGAUAAGGGAAAGGAGUCCUUUGAAUUUGAUCAAGUCCAGGCAUAUACACCAUCCCAGAAGGCAUUCAAUGAAUAUCAGUUUACGCCGCCCAUCGCCAACCACUUUGAUGCAUAUGAUGAUCCAUUGGAUGGAUCAGAAGUGCUCAAUUUUUUAAACGCUGGUACAGCCUACAGCGACCACAUCCAUGGCGACGAUUUAAGACCAGAUUCCAUCACAUACAUCAGUCACCGGCAUCAAAUGGAUACACAACAUGCACUUUCAGAAAGAGAAAAGUUGCAACAUCAUUGGACAACGGGGUUGCUGUCUGCUGAAGACAUUGUUGAUUAUUUGCAGAAUACAAAUUACACAGACGACAUUUAUGGCAUUCCAGUCAUUGGCCAGUGGAUCAAAGAGGCUAAAGAGGAGGCAAUGCAACAAGAACAACCAAACACAGCAGAGUCCAAACAGGUAGCCAUUGAAAGACUCAACAUGAUUCGCCAUCAUCUGAUCCAAAAAGCUCAUGGUGAUCCCAAUCUUGCAGCCAAAAACGCUAUCGAAAUGACAGAAGAUGAUUGGUCCUCUUCAUUUUCUUGA